AUGAUGGAGCCGGACCUUCUAGAUAGUUUGGACAUUGACUGCGAGGUCAGAUUGAAGCUGAAGCUCACAUCUAUGCGUGUUAUUUCAGGCGUUGGCGAAUGGAUCUCGGAACAGUUCGUUGAAACUUGAUCUCAGAACCAUCGAAGAUCGGUUAUUGUACUCUACAAACAGAUGCGAAACUUUGAAAACACUGUUUCGUUUCAAUGAAUAUCCGUUAUCAGACGAAGAAGCGGUCUAUCCCCUCGCCUACGGAAUGCUCGUUUACAAAGAGCUCUCUCAAGUGAGCUCCUAGAUUCAUGCCUUCUCCAGAAUUCCUCUUUGUUCCAGGUUCUUUUCCUGCUCUCAUCAAUCUACCACCCUCAGAACGAGUACUGCAUCGCCGUGGGCGAGAAUUCGGCCGCUCUUUUUCAGAACCUUCUGCGUGAACUUUCUGGUUGCUAUCCGAAUAUUCACUUCAUGAAACGACCGCCAAUCAGUUGGGGAAGCCACGAAAUAAUCAACUCGGCCUACGGUUGUCUCGAGUUUCUGAGUCAUUUAAAAAGCAACUGGAGGUACUUCCAAUAUCUGUCCGGAGUGGAUGCUCCGCUCAAAACGAAUCUGGAGAUGGUCAGAAUCAUGAAGGCUCUGCGCGGAUCUGCCAACGUUGAAAUCAAAGAGUAUCAGGAAGGUCGACUACGUGGCAAAAACGUACGACAAUCACGAGCACUUAUAAAUUCAGCAAAGAGCACAGUGUUUCAGAUCACCAGCUCCCCGCUCCCCCUGUUUAAAUCUUCGUUAUCAGCACUGAUACCACGGGAAGCAGCCGAUCAAAUGGUCUUUAUAUUAAGGCGGUAGGAACAAAAUGACGGAAUUGUUUGCAGGCAUCCUCCCUCGUCCCUAGGGAACUUCUCGAGUUUCUGGAGAACACUGGCAUCGCGGACGAAGGAUUCUGGGGAACUCUUUUCGGAAACAAGGACAAGUUCAACAUUUCUGGAUCUGUGAACGGCCGAGAGUGGAUCGAAUUGAGGCAGAAUCAGAAGGAGUUGAACUUGACGGCACAGGGCAACGGGAUGAAAUAUUACAUGUCAAGGGAUCAGAUUUGGUGGAAAGACCAGUGUUCGAAUUAUAUGGCCGCCGGUUCGUGUGUCUUCGGAUGGGGAGACCUCAAGAGACUUCUGAGUUCGAAGGCUCUCGUCGGCCAUAAAUUCUAUCUCACAUCCCAACCAGAGGCGUAUUUCUGUAUUCUCAAAGUGAGUAAUCUCCAAGAUUAGCUUCCAAUAAACUGUAUUCCAGAAGAUCAGAGAUCGGAGCGAUGAUCCGAAGGACCAGCUGGACGUCUCCUUCUACACGGAACUGCCACAGGUCGAGCUGUUGCGCGGAAUGAACCUAUCUCAACUGACCCAUCCCAGUUGGCUUCUCUGA